AUGUUCUUCCAGCCAGUCGACCUUACCACCGCCCUCCGCCCGUGCCUGCUGCCGGAUGAGACGCUGCUCUUCGUCCAGGACGCCAUCGGGCUCUACGAUGGUAAAUACAAGAUUCCGCGGUGCCAGAACGGCCAUGCGUACCUGACCUCGCACCGGAUAUGCUAUGUCGACCUGGACGAGCCCCGCGGGUGCUCAGUGGGCAUCGACCUCAAGGACAUCGACCGUGUUGAGUUUCAGGCCAGGUUUCUGCGCUCGUCGCCGAAGAUCAGUCUGCUGCCGCGGAGACGGGCGGCGGCUCCAGGGUCUACUUCUACAACGCCUACGGGCCCAGGUACAGCUACAGCAUCUACCAAUAUCAAGUGUGAAGCGAGGACGGCGACGUGGGUGUGUCCGAUCUGCUCGUUUGCGAACCCGGUACCAUCCAACUUUGACCCUGCGCUGGCUGCGUCGACGACCAUCCCGCCGUGUCUGGCAUGUGGCAUCAGGCCGCCCUUGACCACUCUUCUCAAAGCAGCCAUCACCGCCUCGACUUCUGCCACUGCCACUGCUACUUCUAAUAUUUCCUCCUCCUCCUCAUCAUCUAAGAUAUGUCCGAGGUGUACGUUUGCCAAUCAUCCGUGGCUGCAAGGGUGCGAGAUUUGCGGUGCCGGGCUGGGUGGGAACGGGAGCGGGAGCGGUGGCCUGACCGGAGCAGCAGCGGCAGCAGCGGCGGCGGCGGCGUCCCGGACUGACUCGCCUGCGCCGUUUGGGCCAGCGUCGCGACUGGAAGGGAGGGAGAUUGGGGAUUGUGUCAAGCUCUCAUUUCGAUCAGGCGGGGAGAAGGUGUUCCACGAGCGACUGAGGGGGGCUCUUGUCCAGCGCAAGUGGAUUCUCCAGGACGCUCCUCCGGUGCCCAAAGCCGGUUCUGCUGGUGUUAACACUGGUACUGGUACUGGUACGACUGGUGCGACUGGCAUGAUUCCUGGCGCAAUUGGUACUGCUGGCACAGCUGAUAGUAACGUUGGUGGUGGUGGUGGUGGUGGUGGUGGUGGUAGUACUAGUAGUGGUACGGCUGCUGGCAUCGCAGGCCUAGAGCGCCGUGGACUGGAGGCCCGACGCAACAACGAGGCAGUGAUCGGAGGAGCGUUUGAGGAUCUCGAGGCGCUGAUGGCGUCUGCCCGCGAGGUUGUGGCGCUGGCCGAGACGUUUGCCCGAGAGCGACGAAACGACGCCGGUGUCACAGACGAGGUCUCGCAGUCCGCCGCCGCCCUCGGGAUGAUCACGACCAAGCAGCUGCUGGGCCAGUCCGCAGCCUCUGCAUCCUCGUUCUCGUCCUCGUCCUCGACCAGCGCCAGCCUGUACGUGACCGAGCUGUCUCGCAACCUGGCAGAGUACCUGACCGACGAGCGAGAGGCGCUGCUGCGACGAGCGGGCGGCAUCAUGAGCCUGGUGGACGUGUGGGCGGCCUUUAACCGAGCCCGCAACGGAGUCGAGCUUGUGAGUCCGCGAGACUUCCACUCUGCGGCCGAGCAGUGGGAGGUGCUCCGCCUGCCAGUCCGCCUGCGCCGGUUCAGGAAGAGUGGUCUGCUGGUCGUGCAGCGGGCCGACUGGACGGACGAGAAGACCUUGCAGCAGCUCUCCGCCUGGCUCAACCAGUUACACAGUACUACUACUACGACUUCUACGACUGCUUCCUGCUUUGGCCGGGGCGUGACUGCGCAGGAAGCCGGCGAGCGGUUUGGCUGGAGUCUCGGGGUGGCCAGCGAGGAGCUCGAGAUGGCUGAGGAAAGGGGCCUGCUGUGUCGCGAGCAGGGCGUCGAGGGCCUCCGCUUCUGGCUCAACCACUUCUAGCCAUCGACCCCGGCCUUCUUUCAUCUGGCCCUCUUGUCCUCUUGUCCUCUUGUCUGUCGCCGUCUGUGUGUCUGCGUGGCUGAUCUAUGUACAGGAAGGCAGGGAGGAAACCAACAGCCAACACCAGGGGCAUCCACCAUCCAUCGUCAGGCAGCCUGGCUCGUACAUGAGUCUAUUAGCCCAUCCAUGCCGCAUCCUUCGCCCUGUCUGCUAUAUCACUCUGCUAUAUCCCGGCAUCUCACCCCUAUUCUCCGACCUGUAGACUUCACUAUCACUUACUCUCACCAUCACCUACUAUCCUCAAUUUCUUCCAGCUUCUCUAGACGCCCACGACGCCCACGUAGCCAG